AUGCCGAAGGUCAACAGUUACACGCCUGCCUGGCUGUGCCGGCCCUCGCCAGGCGCAAAGUUCCUGUCCAGCAAUUCUACCCAAACUCCAGCCCAGAAGCAGCAAGACGGAAAGCCUCCAGCCAAUGGACCGACGCGAACAAUCGCCAAGCGAGGGAAUGAGGUGUUCGCUGUUGUUGACAACGAGAUCCGGUGGUCAAACCUAGCCCGCCUCAAAGAUCAAUGGGCACACCACGCCAAGCAGAAGAAGGGGCCUACUGGCCAGCGUGAGGAGAAAGGCGACAUUGCUGAGAUUCCUCCUUACCGGGUUCUAGCUGUGCCUGUUUCUGGACUGAUCAAACAGAUCAUUCCCUCCCCCAACGGUGCUUUCCUUGCGAUCGUUUGUGAAGACACCGUUAGCAUUGCCGUUCUUCCUGACUCCUCACACCUUUCCUCGCCCAACUCCGAUUCUAUUCGCUUAAAGACCUACCAACUGGGCCCUACCACCCAUGUUCGCCCCGAAGCGCCAGUGGUUUCCGCGCUGUGGCAUCCACUCGGCCUGCACAGCAACCUGGGUGGGUGUCUUGUGACUGUUACUACCGAUGCGGCGGUGCGCGUGUGGGAGCUGGACCGUAACAACCACUGGUCCUUUGACCAACCCACUUUGGCAAUUGACUUGAAGAAACUGGUUGAUGGAACCUCUUGCGACCAAGACUUUGCUCCCUCUGGAUUUGGAAAGAGCAAGGGAUUUUCCGCCGAUCUAAUCGACAUGGAGGUCGCCUCCGCUUGCUUCGCUGGCAAUGGAAGUGAGAAGGAAGAUGCAUGGGCACCCAUGACUCUAUGGAUCGCUAUGAAACCUGGAGAUCUUUAUGCGUUGUGUCCAUUGUUGCCUUCUAAGUGGCAAGCUCCCUCCACAACUAUUCCAUCUCUUUCCGCAACAAUCAUCCCGAAACUUGGACUCUUGGAGCAGGAGCCUGAGGAUUCGAACGAGGAACUGACUGCCUGUCGGCAACAGUACGAUUGGCUGUCUGAGAUUGACGAGCAGGAACCCUUGCCUUUACCUUCCAGCGUUGGAACCAUCCAAGGCGCAGACGUGUUCACUCGCCCAUCGAACCCCAGCGCUAUUCCUAGGCUGCAGGGUCCGUUCCGCUUUGACACCGGUGAAGAGCUUGAUGAUUUAGAUCUCUGUGAUAUCCUUGUCAUCGCUGCCGGGCUGGACGUGGAGGAUCUCAUGAUGGGCGAAGAAGAGGAGUUGGCAGUUGAAGCCGCCGACCAAGAAAAGCUUUCGGCCACUGUGCUGUCUCUCACCAGCACCAAUGGCCGUGUUCAUGUUUGUCUUGAACUUGACGGCGUUGAAGGACAGUGGCUUCCUAAAGCCAAAAAGAACGCGUUCCAAACACCCCUUUCGGAGCCUGCUGAUUUGGUCUUGGUGGAAUCCUUGGAUACCAUCAAAAAGCCCGAGGACUCAACUACAUGGCCCACAUUCACCAGGGAUAUUAACUCUCGAUACUCCUUCUUUGUCACGACUGCAACAAACGUGGUGUACUUGUCUCUUUCGGAUUGGACCCAGAGACUGGAAGCCGAGUUGCAAACCGAAGAUACCGCGGGAUCUGCUUUCCGUCUCCAAGUUCUCUGUGAUGGAGAAGUUACAAAGCGAGAAAAAAUCUUGGAAGUUUCCGAUAGCGAUCUCACCCCCCGAAAGGAGCACCUUGCCGGGUCCUUGAUCUUCCACGACUUUGACCUCGGAUAUAUGCUCCUCACUUACUACCCAUCCAGCCCCUACGCAGCCGUCAUGAACUCGCCGGAAGACUCAUUUUCCGUGGCUCUCGACAAAUCGAUUUAUGAGCAAAGGGCGCCAGCACCGAGCAUGCCUUUCUUGCCCCCGAGUCGGGCACCCUAUCAAGUCCCCGCUGUUUUCUACGCAGCCUCUCCACUCGACUCGUUUAUUGAGAAGCAUGUUCCACAUCGCCAGCGUCACACGCUUAAGGAACAAGUGCGUCUUUCUCCAGCAACAUUGGACCUCGUGGCUACUGCCCACCGCGUUCUGUCAGCUCACACGAAUGCCCUUGAGCGUGCUGCGUCGGACCUCUUCCGCAGAUGUGAACGGCUACAGGGCGAGAUGCAGGACCAACUGCGCCAGCUUUCGGACGUCGCAGAACGCGUUAAGGGAGUAACUAGCGAAAUCGGCGAGGAUGGACGUCGGAAGGAGGGAGUUCGUACAGGAGACGCCUUGGACAAGAGAUUACAGGCAGCCCAUGACAAACAAAGCGAGCUCAACCGUCGCUACGAGGCUUUGCGCACUAAAGUCUUGAAUUCGGGCGGUCGUCCAUUGAGCGAGAAGGAGAAUGCCUGGGUCAGAGAGGUGAAGGAGUUGUCUGCAUCUUUGCAGCCCAGCAACAAUCACGAGGAAGACCAAGAACUCAUCCCGCGAAUCGAAAUCGUCAAACGCCUCGCUUUGGAUCUCUUGGCCCAAACCAAGUCUAUUUCAAGCAAGAUGCCUUCCCCUGAACCCGGCAGUCCUGCUUCACCCAAUGGUCAGCCCAAGGUACCACAACGCUUGCAACGAGCCAAGGUUGCGGAUGCAAUGAGGAUGGUUGAACGAGAGUCUGCUGUCAUCGAUGCUAUCACUUCGCGUCUGGAGCGACUUAACACUAGUCUUUGA